AGUCUUUAACAAACCAUCGUACCGAAUGCUUGAAAUCAUUUUAAAUCACACACCACACACAUUUUUUGUAAUUUUCAUUAAAAAGGGAAAAAGUUAAGUAAGAAAAGUCAUCUUAUACAACACAUUAAAUGUCCAAAUAAAUUCGUCACAAAUAUUGUGGAUUAUAAAUGUUCGUCGGGUUGACUAAAAAAAUUCUGUUUCGUUUUUUGAAUACAUUUUUAUUGAGUAAAAGUUGAUGGAGGUAACAUUUUCACUGGACUAAAAGUCAUUGUGCAUAAGAAUAAAUAUUUAAAUCUUUUUAUAUGAAUCCCGCUGUAAUUGUGUUUAAUAAACAUUUUGCAUCAGCGGCAUUACACCAAAAAUAUUAAUUUACGAACUUUUGUUUAAAAAAAUCAAAUAAAAAUCUAAAAAGACAUUCAAAUAGGACUGACAAAACCGUACUAUACAACACAAUUGAGCGGGUGUAAUAACAGUUUCCUCUUGAUUCGUCUGUGUUUGAUCGUAAAGUUUCAACCAACCGACAAAAUCAAAAAAAAAAAUUGAUAAAAAAAGUAACGUUUCGAUCGCUCUGUCUCUUCAUGAACUAUUGUUUCGUCUGAAACCUAUUGUGUGUGUGAUUACAUGUGAUUCGAAACUGAAAAGAAUUUCAAUAAAAAAAAUCCUUUAUGAAUAAUCGGUUUGUUAGAUGUGAUUGAAUAACGACUUUGGUGAAACAAUAAAUAAAUAAAUAAACAACCAGAAAAACGCAUAUAAUAUUAGACAAAACAAAAGUUUAUUUGCGGUUUACCGGUGUUUUGAGACACUACGUAUACACACGCGUUUUUUGUAUGUCGAUACCAGUCGUAUUAUAAAGUGCAGCAAAAACAAAACAAAACAACUUAAAAAAAAAAACUGUAAUUCAUUUCAAUCAGCAUCCAUAAAAAUGUCGACACUAUUUUCGGAAUUAGAUCAAAAUAUUUCAAAUGCCGGUAAUAUAAUGGAAGAGCAACGGACUCUGAAAUUAGCAUUGGAAUUGUCCAUGCUCUCGUUCGACUCGAUAAAUUCGAACGAUUUCAAUGUGAAUAUGUUAACACACCAACAACAGCAUCCGUCAUCGCUGGGCAGCCCGAAUGGAUUCAAUCCGCUGCAGAUGUUACCGUUGGAUGAUCGUUCGAAGAAAUCACAGAAUAUGACAGAAUGUGUACCGGUGCCGAGCUCUGAACAUGUUGCAGAGAUCGUUGGACGACAAGGUUGCAAGAUUAAAGCUCUGCGUGCCAAGACUAACACUUACAUCAAGACUCCUGUUCGCGGUGAAGAGCCAGUGUUUGUGGUGACUGGUCGCAAAGAAGAUGUCGCCAAAGCAAAACGUGAAAUAUUAUCCGCUGCUGAACACUUCAGCCUAAUUCGAGCAUCGCGAAAGCCAACAUUAGGUGGACUCUCCGGCAAAGGAACACCACCCGGUCCGCCAGCUAACAUACCCGGACAAAUAACCAUACAGGUACUUGUACCAUACCGUGUUGUCGGUCUAGUUGUCGGCCCGAAAGGCGCCACAAUCAAGCACAUUCAACAGCAAACCCACACGUACAUUGUGACACCAUCGCGUGAAAAAGAACCGGUAUUUGAAGUAACGGGCAUGCCUGACAAUGUCCAAUCGGCCCGUCGUCAAAUCGAGGCUCACAUUGCCUUACGCACCGGUAAUUCGUCAACAAUUAACGGAAACGGUUCGUUGUUGGACGAUGAUAACGGUCCACUAUUAGCGCUGUACAAGAACGGUUUCAAUUCGUUGUUCAAUGGUUAUUUGGACAAUACCAAUGAUACAUUCUGUAAUUUGGCAUCGUCUACUGGCAGCAGCACAUGUGAUUCCAGCUCAUCGUCUACAUCGUCAAAAAGUGCAAUUAUACCACGUCCCGAACUGAUCAAUAUUUGGAAAAGCAUAGGCGAACCGGUCGAUGUCGACGAAGGUUUAGGCGAUUCACCGAACAUCUGGUCCAUGACAACACCAUCGGUAAUCGGAUCCCGCUCGUCCCCAUCAGCAUCGGCUAGCCCAACGGAUUCGCUGCUGGCUGGCACAGCCUGCAAACGUGAGUGUUUAGUGUGCGGUGAUAAAGAGGUUACGGCCGCAUUAGUGCCGUGCGGACAUUCGAUCGGUUAUGAUUGUGCGAAACGAAUUUGUUCGACUGGCGAUUCAGCCUGUCCAAUAUGCAGUCAAACGAUUGUUCAGGCUAUUCGCAUUUUAAAUUAGUGGAGUUAUUGAAGGGAACAAUGAUCGAAAUGAGAAACUAAAAGUGAAUCGGAAGGGAGAUAGAUAUACGAUACAGCCGAAUGAGAAAAUGUCACAAAUGAAAACAUAAUUUUUUUUUCUAUUUUUGUUUUUUCUUUUUUGAAUUUUUAACUUUAAAUUUAAUUUUAUAUAUUGUUUGUUUUGAGAAAUAUUAUAUGAUGAAACCUCUAACUAUAUUUAUUUAAUGAAUUUGAUUAAUUUAUAUAUUUUUACCGAAUAGUUAUUUUGUUAAGAGUGUGACCUUUUGACAAAUAUAUUUCAAUUGAAAGAGGGAAGAGUAAAAAAGACGGAAGGAAAACUGAAAGGGACUAAGACGUUUACAUUCAAAGUUAUUCACCGAUAUAUAUAUAUUUAUAGUAAUAAUAAUAAUUCUCUUUUUUUCAAUAUACAUUUGACGGUGCGAUUAUUAGAACGAAAGAAAGUAAAAUCUACGAAAAUUAUGAAUUUGUUUUUUGUUAAACUCUUUUUUUCUAUGAUUUUUAAAAUUUAAGUUGCUAGACCUGUGUAAUUCUAAAGAAAAAUGAGUUUUGUUUUUUUUAUGACAACGUUUAAAAACCUAAAUAAAAACUGAUUAUAUAAAUGAAAUUUAUUGCAAAUAGUUUAUAACUAAUAAAAUACUUUAAAAUUUAAUUGAGAGACAAACAAUAAGACAACAACAACAAUGAGUUAUUUUGAUGUAAAAAAAAGAAAAGAAAACUAAUUGGCCCCGUUAAUUAAUUUGUAUACCAAAAUAUUGAAAUGAAAAAUUUAAUCACUUGAACAAAAACAUAUUGUAAA